CUAUGCUCCAUUGGGAGUAACAGACGAAAGUAACUCUCUAAUUUAAUUCAAACACCCGCCUACUUAAAUAUUUAAUCAGUUUAUUCGCUUAAACAAUUAGAAAAAGACUUUUAUUGAUCAAAUUGAAUAAAUGAAAUAAUAUAUACAUAUUUUUUCACUCACCCUAUAUGAUGAUGAAUUAAAUAAAGAAAUGAAUGGUACAAUUGUAAAUAAAAAAUUUUAAACAAGUAACUUAAUAUUUUGGGUACCGGCUUUUUGUAAUCUUAUAAAAAUAAACAAAGAGUAUAUGAGUAAAUAACUCAUAAUAGAGAAUGAAUAAUAAUAAUAAUAAUUAUAUAAUGUUAAACAGCACAAUGAAUCUCAAUGCUAACAAUGAAAACAUUCUAAAUUUAAAAAUGAAUCAUAAUAUUUCUAUAUUAUCAAUGGAUAAAUCUAAAAAUUCAAAUCAUUCUAUAAAAUCUUUCAAUGAUUCAUUUAAACAAACACAAAUUCAACAUUCAUGGAUUGAUAAUACAAAGUGCCAAAUUAAUUCUAAUGGAAAAUAUAAAAUUAUACGUACUAUAGGACAAGGAAAUUUUGCUAAAGUUAAAUUAGCAAUUCAUUUAUUAACUGGACGUGAGGUUGCUAUCAAAAUGAUUGAUAAAAUUAAAAUGUAUAAAACAUGUCGAGAUAAAUUAACAAGAGAAGUCAGAGUGACCAAAUCAAUUAAUCAUCCAAAUAUUGUUCAGUUAUACGAGGUAAUUGAAACAGGAAGAUAUGUUUAUUUAGUGAUGGAAUAUGCCAAGAAUGGUGAAAUGUUUGAAUAUCUUUUGAAGCAUAAUAGAAUGAGUGAAUCUGAUGCACGAAGAAAAUUUCGUCAAAUACUUUCUGCUGUACAAUACUGCCAUCGAAAAAAUAUUGUCCAUCGAGAUUUAAAAGCAGAAAAUCUUUUACUCGAUUAUCAGAAUAAUAUUAAAUUAGCAGAUUUUGGUUUUGCCAAUCAUUUUAAUGCAGCAUCAUUAUUGGAUACAUUUUGUGGAAGUCCACCGUAUGCUGCACCAGAAUUAUUAAAUGGUGAAAAGUAUAUGGGUCCAGAAGUUGAUGUAUGGGCAUUAGGUGUUUUAUUAUAUUUAUUUAUAAGUGGUACAUUACCAUUUGAAGCAUCGACUUUAAAAGAAUUACACAGACGUAUUACCCAAUGUGAUUAUCGUAUUCCAUAUUUUAUGUCUACUAAAUGUGAAUUAAUUAUAAAACGUAUGCUAGAAAUUGAUCCUAUCAAACGAAGUUGUUUAGAGGAAUUAAUGGAAGAUCCAUGGAUUAAUAUCGGAUAUGAACACGAUCCAUUAAGACCGUAUAUUGAACCUAGAGAAAAUUUUAACGAUCCAAUACGUAUUGCCCUUAUGAAUAAACUUGGAUUUAGUAAUGAAGAACUACGUGUAACGUUUGAUAAACGUUUAUUUAAUAAUAUUAGAGCAACAUAUCUCUUGCUGGCUGAUACUGAAACACAGCAGAAAAUCGGAAAGCAUCUGAUAUCCAUUGGGUAUAUGUUAUCCAGUAGUAAUGUAAAUCCAGAUAUUGAGGGGAAAAGCAGUCAUAAAUCAGUUGGAAGGAAAUUGAGCAUAAAAAACGAACCGAAAUCGGAAUCAAUUCAACGUCAGACAACUCCAGUGAUUAUUUCUACUUCUUGUGAUAAACAUAAAUCAAUGGCUUCAAAUGACCAAAUGGAUUUAAUCAUUACAUCUGACCCAGACCUAUAUCAAACUAUAGAGCAAACAAUGAAAUACUUUGAUUCAAAAGAUAUUUCCUGUUCCAGUUCAUAUCGAUUGGGUUGUGACGUAACAACAACAACAACAAAUUCAACUAAAAUUCUACUGAAUGACUGCAAAAUUUCAUGUAAUAUGCAUCGUAUACGUGCUAAAUCAUUGAAUGGUAAUGCUGAAUCAAGUGAAUCCAAUGAGGAAGGGACUAUUUAUAGUUUGGAGAAUGAUCAAGAUGAGCUAAGAAAUAAUCAGUUUGUAAAUAAUUCCAAAAGUACAAAUUUAUAUAAGCAAAAUCAUUUAAAACGUCACUUCAUCAUUGAUAGAGCACAAACAGCAGUUCCUGAUUCAUUAGAAUCUCGUUUAAAACGAAAUUUAAUUAUUAUUACCGACAAAACAUCCAAUUGGGAUAAUUUACCAUAUGAUCAUACCGGAAGGGCAACAGUACCAAUUGUAAUAUAUCAACAUGAUAGUCAAUACUUCCAUGAUGGUAAUUCAUUCGAAAAUCAACAUGCCGAUAAUAAUAAUAAUAAUAGUAAUAAUAAUAAUAAUGAUUACUAUUAUGAAAAUGGAAUAUCAGAUCAUCACAAUUCCAAUUAUACACACUAUCAAAACACAAAAUAUCAACGAAACGAUACUGUAACAAUCCAACCUACAUUUACUGAUUCACAAUAUAAAUCUCAAGAAGAACAACUAGAAAAUAUAACAUCUAAUAAUGAUAAAUAUGAAAUGGAUAAAGAAAGUGAUUUGAAAUUAGUUGUUUUUCAUAAUGAAAGAAAAAAUAUCCCUUAUCGAUCACCAUUACCUAAAAGCUCAUCAUCUAAUAAUAAAUUACCUAUAAGAAUAAACAUAUCAAAUCAUGUAAAUAAUUUUAACAACAUUAAACUAGACAAUAAUAAUCACAACCAAUCAAAUGUGAAUCAACAAUAUAAAAUUAUUAAUUUAACCAAUAAAAAUACAAUUUCACUUAAACGUAAUCAACCAAUCAGAUUGUAUGAAAAUAAUAAAUUUUCUCAAAUAAAACAGAAUGGUUAUAAUAAUGAUGAGAAUAUUAUUCAUUUGAAAGGACCACAAAUUGAAUUGAAUCGUUUGAAUAAAAAUAGUAGUUUUAGUAAAAAGGAAUCAGAAACAUUUACUAUUACAAAAAAAGAUAACUUACCAGAACGAAAAUUUCCUCAUAAUAAUGGAAAUAUGUACAAGGAAAUUCAUGAAGAAAAUAAUAAUAACCAGUUCAUUAAAGAACAGAAACGAUCUUUUUUACCAUCAUUUUCUAUAACGAAAGAAAAAGGGCAAAAUCCAAAAGAAAUACUUGAUAAAUUAUACAUAUAUACACCAAAUGCUAAAUUAGUUAAAUGUGACACUUCAGUUGGGAAAUCCUUUGUAAAAUCACAAGACUGUCAAUCUAAUUUAAAUUCUUAUGAAUCAGAGAAUACUGUUACUAUUACUAGUAACAAUAUAAACAGUACAACCGCUUCAAAGGUACAAAAUAUGCACUAUUCAAAUAGUUGUACAACCAAACAUAUUUUCAGCCAAUGUCGAGAUAAUAGCGAAACCUUCCGACAGGACCUUAAUAACAUAAAUAACAUUCGCCAUAAUAAUAACAGUCCACAACAACACAUUACACACAUUCCUAAAAUAAGUCAAUUGAAUUGGUCCUAUGGAGUAGCUGUACAGAAUCCAAAUCUCAAAAUAUUACUCAGUACAUUAGAUCAAGUUGUAAAGGAGUCUUAUAUUGAUCAUGUACAUCUCAGUCCUUAUCGUAUUCACUGCUCACAACGUGUACAUUGUAAUUAUCAAAGUCAAAAUAAACACAACAAUAGUCAGUACCCUAAAAUUUCGUCACAAUCCGAUCAUGGUAAACUUUAUAAAAAUAGUUAUAACUGUGAUAAAAUAUCUUCUUUGUUGAAAUGGGAAAUGGAAGUUGUGCAGUUGCCAAGAUUUCACACAUAUGGUAUACGUUUUAAGGGAAUCGAUGGAGAUCUUCGACACUUAAGAUCCAUAGAAAAAUCCCUUACUGAACAACUUGUACAAACUAUGAAUAGUAUUAAAUAAGCUAUCAUUAUAACCUUGGUUUCCAUUCCUGUUAAUUUUUGUAAAGGAAGACAUUAAAACUCAUAAUAUACUACAAAUAUUUAUUUUCCUAUGAAAUUUAAAUUUCGCUUCUGUAAAUUUUGUUCUACUGAUCUAACUACUCAUAAGUAGAUAAAUGUAUUGAGAUAAAAUACUAAAUGACAAACUCUCCGUUCUCAACUAUUCAAGUCCGAAAACAGAUGAAAUUCGUUCUAGUCAGCAAACAUAAAUAUAUUUUAUUAAAAACCAAAUGAAAUAUCUAUGUGAAAUUAGCCAGUUCUAAAGUAUGGCAUUAGGUCAAUAUAAACGGGAAUUUUUUUCUUAAAUUAAAUUUGAAUGCUAAGACUAGGUUUGUUAUGAUCACGCACUAAAAGACUUCGACCACUGAAAUUACAUCAAAAGGACUCUAAUGCUAUUGCAUAAUACCGAAUAUAGUUUAUUGUUAGUGAAUUUCUUUAUUUGUAAAUUUCUUUAAAAAUCAAAGUCAGAUUUAGCGAAAAUAGUUCGAAAAAUGUUAACUAGGAUUCCAUCUACAAAUCAACAUACAAUGGUAGUUACAACUGACCCCUUACACUGAUACUACUAGAACAGUUGAAUUAUAUUAAUAUGACUUGAAGUUUACAAAGAGUGACAAUAUUAUUCUAAAUCAUUGGCGCGAUAGUGGAUUAUUACACACUAAAUCUUUUUUUAGUUGUAGCUACAGUUAGAAUAAACUCCGCCUGUAGCUCCUCCA